AUGCCUGCCGGGGUGGGCUCGCCCGUUGGCCGCGCGAUGAGCACGACCGGCUCGACCGUCAGCCGCCGCAGCCGGGCGCCCGACCCUCGCUUCGCCCACCUCAAGCCCCGUGUGGACACGGGCAGCAACAUGCGCAAGCUGAUGGAGAAGUACGAGGGGACGAGCGGCCCCAAUGCACGGGCAAAGCAGACGCACACCUACUUCCGGCGCAUCAAGCCGCUCGAUCUGGAGCGGCGGCUCGCGCCCGACAUCGAGUGCGAGGAGUCGAUCUACGCUUACGACCUCGACGAGGCGUCGGCCGCCAUGUCGCUCGGGGGCGCGUCGGUCGCCGCCUCCAUCGUCUCGCACGCGGCCGACGCGUCGACAUCGGCGUCCAUCGCCGCGGCGGCCGCCGGCGCGAGCGUUCUCUGCCUCGACUGCCGCUCCUUUGAGCAGUACUCGGACUCGCACGUGCGCGGGGCGAGGCACUACGACCUGGCGCAGCUAUCGCACUCGACAAACCACUUCCCAAAGGAGCUCUACUUCUUCCGCGGCCCGGCGGGCGGCGACAAGCUCAUCGUCCUCUACGAUGCCGACGGCAAGGGUCUCGACGAGGCGGCCAACGCCUUUGUGCAGCGGGGGAUAGAAAACACGUACGUGCUCUCUGGCGGCUUCCACGGCGUCUGCGUCCGCUGCCCUCACAUCCUCUCCGCCCCGCCGCCCGUCGGUCUGUCGGACGAGGCGCUCGAGGCGCACAGCGGCGGCGGCGGCGGCGGCGGCGGCGGCGGCGGCGGCGGCGCUGCCAUGCGCCUGGGCCUCGAGAUGAGCACGGAGAUCUUCGUGAUGGGUCGCGCGCCAGGCCGCGCGGGCGUCUCGAUGGUCAGAGUGCUCCUCGAUCUGCACCUCGCGGACGCGGAUGAGGUACGCCGCCAGGCCGCGCGCCAGCUUGCUGUCAAGCCCGAGACGCUCGCCAUUUUGUACAAGGACACAACGCUCGAGGCGGGAAAACCGCUCGUCCAGUACGGCGUCGAGGCGGGAUCGACGCUGGAUUUCGGGCCACGGCCGCACACGCACGUGGCGGCGGUGCCCGCGCCGCCGCCGUCGCCGAGCGGCGGCCCAGGUCCGGCUUCAUCCUCUCCGGCUCCCUUCUCGCUGCCGCGUCAAUAGUGCGGGCGCUUCCAUCUUGACGUGUCCCCCUCCCCCCCGCCCCCCGAUCCUUUUGCCGGCACGCUCCGCUGCGCACCGCCGGGCUUACAAGAGUGCGCCGCUUCCCAGAGCCGCUCGGGAAGCGGCAGCACCGCCCUGGCAAGAGUGCGAUUUUGCGAGAGCGAUUUUGUUGCGUCCGGCCCUGCCUGCACUGCAGGGUGGCGGACACCGUUUUCCUACCUGUCUCUUGUCUACGUUUCUAGAGUCUACUACCUCA